CUUUGUAAUAAAGAUUGUUGGCAAUAUCGAACUUUUGCACGUUGCACUGAUAUAGAAAAUCCUGAACCAUUUACAUUUAUAUUUGAUAAAACAAAAUUUGAAAAAAAAAUAGAAAAAAGUGAAACAAAAGAAUCUAAUUCAAACAAGUCUAAACAAGACGAUGAUUAUAGUGCUUAUGAUGAAGCUAUCGAAGAGCUCAAAAAAGAAAAAGGAAAAAAUUUAAAUACAGUUUUUAGAAACUAUUCUUCAAGAUAUAUGAAAUACAGUAAAACAAAUAUUAUUGCAAUGUAUAUUUGUAUUAUGGCCAAUGGAUCAAUAGAAAAUCUUUAUAUAAGGCUUAGAGAUUAUAAUUCUUCAAUUAAUAUUGAUGCCUUCAAAAGGCGUGUUCGCUUUAUUAUUAAAUUUGAAGAAGAACCAAUUGAUCCACAUAUUGGAAUAGGUGAUGUCAUACAUAUUUUUGAAAAAGAAAAUAAGCAAGAUUUCAAUAAUCGAAUUUUUGAUAUAGAAUUUAAUAAAAAUACAAUACUGGAACAAGUUAAAGCAGUUACAGUAAAUUUAGGUGUUAAAGGAAAAUUCAGAGCUAUUAAUGAAUUUGAAGUUAAUAUUAUUGACAAUACUCAAGCUACUAUUCAGGAAUAUUUACUCAGUGAAAAUGAUUUAUUUGAAGAUAAUAUUCUUAAUAUUAGUGAAGAUUCAUUA